UCAUCAACAACAACACACAGCUUACUGUGGGAAGUUGCCUUGAAGGGCAAACAGCCACAAUCAACUAGCCAGGAGAUGCAAGGAGACAGCUCGACACAAACAAUGAUGGGGAACUCAAAACCAGCAUCUUUGAGUAUGUUAAUCUAACGAAGGACGAAGCUUUUAGUAGUCCUGCUACCGUUAGCUGAAGGUCGUCACACUGGACAGCGAGCUGAGGACAGAGAGGACAGCUAGUCCCCAUUAAUACUCUGACAGUUGGACAGUCUGUGCAGGACAGUGAGUCCCCAUUAAGAGACAGUUGGACAGUCUGUGCAGGACAGGAAACAUGAAGUUCGCUCAGCUUCUGCUGAAGACUGGCUCCAUCGCUGGGAUCCCGAGACAAGUGGAGAGGUUUGCUAAGUUCUCACCCUCUCCAUUGUCCAUGAAGCAAUUCAUUGACUUUGGCUCUGCCAAUGCGUGUGAGAAGACCUCCUUUGUGUUCCUGCGGCAGGAGCUUCCUGUCAGACUGGCCAACAUCAUGAAGGAAAUUGAUUUCCUACCUGAUAAGCUCCUCAGCACUCCAUCCCUAAAGCUCCUCAUCAGCUGGUAUUCACAAAGUUUGUUGGAGAUUGUAGAUUUUUUAGAAAAUAAUCCAGAUGACAAGGACGUCCUGACAAACUUUACACAGACUCUGGUAAACGUCCGUAAUCGGCACAAUAACGUGGUGCCCACCAUGGCCCAGGGCGUGGUGGAGUACAAGGAGGCCUUCGGCGUGGACCCCGUCACCAACCAGAACGUCCAGUACUUCCUGGACCGCUUCUACAUGAGCCGCAUCUCCACGCGCAUGCUCAUGAACCAGCACACAUUAAUCUUUGAAGGCAGUGCGAACCCAGCUCAUCCCAAACACAUUGGAAGCAUUGACCCCAGCUGUGACGUUGUGGAGGUAGUAAAAGAUGCCUAUGAGACUUCAAAGAUGCUGUGUGAGCAGUAUUACCUGACUUCUCCUAAUAUGGAGAUCACAGAAAUCAAUUCCAAAAACCCUGACCAGCCCCUCCACAUUGUCUAUGUGCCGUCCCAUCUCUACCAUAUGCUGUUUGAGCUUUUCAAGAACGCCAUGAGAGCUACAGUGGAGACCCACGAGAUGAGUCUAACGUUGCCCCCGAUCAAAGUGCGAGUCUCACUGGGAACGGAGGACCUCACUAUCAAGAUGUCCGAUAGAGGAGGCGGAGUCCCUCUGAGGAAGAUUGAGCGCCUGUUCAGCUACAUGUACUCCACGGCUCCCAGUCCGGUCCACGUGGACAACUCUCGCAACGCACCGCUGGCUGGUUUUGGCUAUGGCCUGCCGAUCUCCCGCCUGUAUGCCAAGUAUUUCCAGGGAGACCUGCAGCUCUACUCUAUGGAGGGCUACGGCACCUCAGCUGUCAUAUACUUGAAGGCCUUGUCCUCAGAGUCAGUGGAGAGACUUCCUGUUUUCAACAAGUCAGCCUUGCGGCAUUACCAGACGAGCAUAGAGGCUGACGACUGGUGCAUGCCCAGCAAAGAUCCAAAGAAACUGGGCAAUUCCAAGAGGAUUAUGUGAUGGUGGACGGAAGUAGAGGACACUCUGAAAUAGUUUGAAUAAUAGUAUUAAGAAUAAAAGGGUCCAUGUUGGAAGAAAUGGAUGAACUUGUACUGUAAGUGGGAGAAGGUACCCUGCUGGACCUGCACUAAUGUAUGUGGAAUGUGGAUUCUCACAGAGAGAAACUUAGAUGGAAAAAAAAAUGCUCAUUGUUGGUGUGAGGAACCAGAGAAAUGCACCGAAAUAACUGAGCUGAACUAUUCCUACCAGCCUCCAGGCAAUUUAAUUUCAUUAUAUUGUACGACGAUUACAGGCUGCUAAUGGCAAUGGAGCAAAUCAAGUCUCUUUUCAGAAGUUAUAAUAACAUGGUAACACUUUGAAGUAAGCAUGCUGUUUGUGUUUAUGUGUCUUUUUCUUUCAAAAAUGGAUCAUUUAACAAUCUAGAGACUGGUCUUUGGUUAAUUCACUUACUGGGAAAAGUUGUGUUUUUUUUUGCAUUAGGUUCAAUGUGUUUCAAUUCCUUGAAUAACCCAGCCAAAACCAGCUGCAGCCGGGUCACGUAAGUUAAACAGAAUGGGAACACGUUCAGCAUAAACACAAAGGGAGCAAAGUCCGUUCCUCCACUUUUGUUCACGUCGGCAUUUCAGUCCUUUUUUUAACGUGCAGCAUUGUUUCACACACGCACAACUUUUGCUUUUCAUCGCAGCAUUUCAGAGGUACUAUGAGAAGAAUUUGCACAGGUUACGUGUGGUGUAAAAUGACAUUGACGUAAAAAAUCAAUUGUUCCACUUUUAGCGUCUUCAAUAUGAGAUGUAAACAUGCUUGAUGGAUGUUGAGUUAUGGAGCGCAAAAUGUGCCUUUGUGGAGAAAUGGAAUAGUUAAACACACAGUAUUGCAACAUAUUUGAAGUCAAUAUGUACGGUUGAACUGUAAAUAAUUGUAUUUUAACUGUAAAACUGCCAAGUUAACUUUCACCUUCACAAUAAUGAUAACUUCCCUCUGUUGAAACUGGUGCGAAGAACUAAAAUACACACUUUUUUUUUUUUCAAAAAGUAACCGUGUAGAACUUCACAGCCAUUUGAUAA